GUCUUUCUGACACUGAAACUGCACCAAUAUCUGGUAUAUCUAUGAUAUCAAACAUAUAGGAGCUAACCCAAAUUUUCUUUGUCAUUUGAUGAAAACUCCUUCAUCCAUGCACAUUCUAUGGAUGUCAGCUUUGGACUUGGAAUAAGUCUAGACUAAGUGUUGGGUGGAACACUAUGCAGUAAGAAGAAUUUGUGGUGUUGGAAGGAAAACUCAUGCUGGUGUUAUGUUGUUUGCAACAGGGUUAUGAUCUGUUGCUACCUUUGAUUGAUAUGGUGAGAAAAAGAAAACAUCACUAUGUCAUCAUUGCUGAAUUAAGUCUUCAAAUGACAAAAAAUUCAUUAUCAUAUGUGUCAUCGGUUCUUGGAUGCUCUAUGAAUUCAUCAUUUUUCAGGUCCAUCAGGGAAAUAGAAUCGCUCUACAGUGUUAGUUGCAGACUUUCCACAAAUUUUAAAUAGAUCAAUUAGAGACUUUGCUAAUAGCUUUAUUUCUGAGGAUGAUAGAGACCGUGCAAUUACAUAUAGCUAUGGAAUGGACGAAAGACCAUCAUAUGUUAGGGGGGAGGGGGUUUAUCACAGCUUUGCUCUUGGGUCUAGUAUUUUCUUUGUUCUCGUUUUUCUAUUUUUCUUUUUUACACCAGGUUUUCCUGUGUGUGACAUAGCGAUAACAAUAAGUUUGACAAUAAGUAUUGCAGAAGCUGCUGUCCAUGAAGUAAGUUCAAAAGAAUCUCAUACUAAACGAAAGUCUCGUAAGAGAGUCACAACAAUCAAUACAUCAAAUGCUCGUUCAGUCAUCGAUGUUUUGCAACUAUGCAUAAAAGAAUUGGGGUGGAAAAAUGUGAUAGAUUCCCACUCUCAUUGCGAUCUGUACUGGUAUGGUUUGGAGUGCACGGAUCAAGGUGUGCUAGCUGAAAGCAGAGUCAACAGAUUUCCAGGGAUGCGCAAAGUGGCACAUAAAGUACAACUUGGACGUUUAUUGAAACAAAUGUAUGAUCUCUUCCCUGAAGAGUAUGACUUUUUUCCUCAAACAUGGUCUAUUCCACAUCAACAGGACAAUUUUACUGCUUAUGCCUUGAGCCCGCAGUCAUUAUCAAAAGAGACUGUGUUCAUUAUUAAACCUGAUGACGGUUCACAAGGAGAAGGAAUUCGACUGUUUCAGAAGCCAAGAGAUUUGAGCAUGGGUGGAGUUUUGAAAGACAGCAUUGUGCAAGAGUAUAUAUCUAGACCAAUGCUAAUAGAUGGCCUCAAGUUUGAUCUCCGUCUGUAUGUUCUACUGAUGUCAGUUGAUCCCUUGCAAGUGUAUAUAGUCCGAGAAGGUUUAGCACGGUUCUGCACUGAGUCAUACAAGAAACCAACAGCCAAAAACUUGCAUAAAACAUUCAUGCAUCUAACCAACUACUCAUUGAACAAACGCAGUGCAAGUUAUGUCCACACAGAAGAUGGUGAUCAUGGUAGCAAACGACUGGUCUCUGUUGUCUUUCAAGAAUUGGCUGACAAAGGGUAUGACAUUGAUAUAUUGUGGUCAAAAAUUGAUGCUCUAGUCUGCAAGACAGUUAUUGCUAUGAAACCUAUGCUGCUGCUGGAGAUGAGUACUGUCGUUUCCAAUGAGGCAAAACCGUUGUGUUUCCAGGUGUUAGGAUUUGAUGUUUUGAUAACAGAUGACCUGAAACCCAUCCUGUUGGAAGUAAAUGCUAACCCAAGCCUUCGGAUUGACUACGAGAAAGAGAUAAGUCCAGGGGUACAUAAAACAAUACCAUCACCAUUGGAUGCUCAAAUAAAGAAGCCGGUUGUACUGAAUGCCCUACAACUUGCAAGGCAACUCAAACGUGACUCCCAUGGUGGCCUAACAGUGGCUGAUGAUUCUACAUGUGUUGAAUUGCUUCCUGCUACAGCAGACGAAUAUGCAGGUUUGGACUUAUUAGAAUACUGUCAGAAACUAUUUACACACUUUGUAGGAGUCAGGAAAAUUACAAAAAUGGGAUCAAGUGCCUUUCGGACAUUUGUAAGGAAAUGUCAACUCAGCAGUGAAAGUAUAACUGGUGCAUCAACAGACAUCCUUUACAUUGAAAUCUCUCGUCAACAUGGUUGUGAGAAGAACAGUUUAACUCUUGAGGGAUUUUGUGAUGCUCUGCUGGCUAUAGCAAAUAAAUUAUAUGGCAAGGAAGCGACACAGCGAGAGAGACUAUCUCGGCUUCUACAACACUGUCUGCAGUACGUGCUUACAAGUUGACUCCUUUAUUCUUAGUAUCAAUACGUUGUAAUCAUCUAAGCGAUAGUACAGUACUGUACUCUUGAAUAUUCUGUUCCAAUACAAAUAAACAUAAGAUGCUA